GGGCCAACAAGUCGAUGAUUCUGUUUUUCAGGUUUUUUUAAUCCUAAAACGCGUUAAUUUUGCUAAUCUGUCUUCGUUAUCAUCUCAAAUCCUAAAAUUCUUAUCUACCCUUUACUUGUUUUCCUCACUGGAAACCAUUUCAUCCACCAUGGAUCAGUUUGUUCUUAGCCUUCUCAUUCUCAGCUUCCUCACUUCAUCUACUUUUGCUCAGCAGAACUACUCUGCUAAUUCUGCACUGGACUGCAACAGCAGUGAUGAGACGGGACCAUCACCUGCAUUUCUCUACACUUGUAAUGGCCAAAGCAAAUCUUGUGAGGCCUUUCUCAUCUUCAAAUCUCAACCUUCUUAUGACUCAGUGCCUGCUAUCUCAUCGCUCACAUCUGUGAACCAAGACGAGCUAGCAAGAAUCAACAAUGUUACAAGGCUAUCAGAAUUCCCUUCCAACAAAGAGGUUAUUGUUCCUGUAUAUUGCUCUUGUUUAGGCCAAUACUACCAGGCCAACACUACAUUUCAUGCCACGAAUGACCAUACAACGUAUUAUGCUGUAGCAAGUCAAGCUUAUGAGGGAUUGUCUACAUGUGCUUCUCUUAAGAGAGCAAAUGAAUAUGGUUUGGAAUUUGGUGUUGAACUGCAAGUACCACUUCGAUGUGCUUGUCCUACCUCAAGCCAAAUUAGUUGUGGUAAGAGUUAUCUGCUUACUUAUCCAGUUACCAUUGGUGAUACUUUCUCUUCUAUUGCUGAAAGAUUCAAUGUAGGUGUAAAGAGUAUAAUUGAUGCAAAUGAAUUGGAAGAAAAUCCAAUUAUUUAUCCAGACACAACGAUUCUGAUACCUCUGGAAGCUAAACCUACAACUUCAAACACCAUUAUUCACAAAGAACCACCAAAUGUUUCACCUCCUCCUUUGCCUUCUAGGCCUGAAAACAGAACAUCCAAGAAGAAACUUUAUGAAUGGAUUGGGAUUGCAGCAGCUUGUUCUUUGCUUUUCCUCAGUAUUAUUCUAGCCAUUCUCCUUCUGCUUCGAAGAGAGAAAAGAAACAAGGUUCUUGAGGGCAGUAAUGAAACCGGACAUGUGUUGCCAGAAGAUCUUCGUGUUGAGAUUGCAAGCUUUGAGCAAAUCUUGAAAGUUUUUGGACUUAAAGAGGUGAAGAAAGCCACUGAAAAUUUCAGUUCCAAACAUAGAAUAAAGGGUUCUGUCUACUGGGGAGAAUUCGGUGGAGAGAUGUUAGCUGUCAAGAAGAUGAGAAGAGAUGUAUCAAAGGAAGUGAACAUUUUGAAGAGGAUCAACCACUUCAAUUUGAUUAAGCUUCAUGGCGUUUGCGAGAAUCUGGGCUGUUUCUAUCUUGUUUUUGAGUAUAUGAAAAAUGGUUCUCUACGAGAAUGGUUGGCUGGCGAAAGGACUGAAAAUCAUGGAAGCUGGAGUAAGAGGAUUAAGAUUGCUCUGGAUGUUGCUAAUGGACUUUACUAUCUUCACAGCUUCACUGAACCUGCCUGUGUGCACAAGGACAUCAAGAGCAGCAACAUUCUUUUAGACGGCAAUUUAAGGGCCAAGAUUGCAAAUUUCAGUCUUGCAAGAGCAGCAACAAGGGGAACAGCAAAUGCUUCCUUGACAAAACAUGUUGAGGGGACUAGAGGUUACAUGGCGCCCGAGUAUGUACAGGCAGGACAAGUGACCCCCAAGAUUGAUGUCUAUGGUUUUGGUGUCGUGCUCCUGGAACUGAUCACUGGAAAAGAUGCUGUUUUUAUACAGGAUGGAAGGGAAACACUGCUUUCAACAGCGAUAGUUUCUAUCCUGCUGAAGGAAAAUGCAGAAUUUGAGCUGGGUUUGUUCAUUAAUCCUAGUUUUGUUGGGAGUCAAGAGAUAAAAUUCGCUCUACGCCUGGCUAGAGUAAGCUUAGCUUGCUUCACAUACGAACCAGCGAGGAGACCAGGCAUGAGGGAAGUCGUGUUAUCCCUGUUAAAAAUUCAAGCAGAUUUGGAGAAAUCAGAAUCAUUGAAAGUUGACUCUGUUGAUGUAGCAGUCCGACAUUGGUGUUCAUCAAUAGGUGAAACUAAUUGGAGAGCUGAAGCUAUUUCAAAAUAAUAGCUUAUAUAUAUACAUACGGACUAAAAUUCUUAUUUUCAUUACUUGUGUCAAUGUAGAUCCUACAAUUAUUUUUAUGAUUACAUAAUUAAGCAAGA